CAAAGGGGCGUAACGUGUUUGUUUACAGCGGAAGUGCUGCUCAGUCGUGUCUCCUGGAGCAUGCGGUUGUAGGGGCAGGCUAGGGAUGUGACAGACUGACUGGCGUGCUGGAUGGCGGCUAUGGAACGCACACUACCGCCGUCACCUGUGCUCCCGGAGCGCGAGGCCUGUACCUACACCAGCUGCUACUGUGAAGAAAACGUCUGGAAGCUUUGCGAGUUCGUCCGAGAUCUUCACCCCCAGCAUCUGGAAGAAGUUUAUGCCGUGUUCCUGUCCAAUAACAGCAGAGCGAUACCGCUUUGGAAGCAGAGACUCGGAAAGUUUGAUGAACCUGUGGUAUGGGAUUAUCACGUUAUAUUGCUGCACGUUACCCAAGGAAAUCCCGGUUUGAUUUAUGACCUAGACUCCUUGCUGCCAUUCCCUUGCACUUGUGAGAUGUAUAUAAGAGAGGCUCUCAAGCCCGACCACGAAUGGGACGUGUGCUUCCGGAGGAAUCUGAGAGUCAUUCGAGCGGAUGAGUUUCUGAGGACGUUUGCCUCUGAUCGAUCUCACAUGAAGGAUCACAGGGACAAGUUUAUAAAACCUCCGCCGCCCUAUCCGUGCAUCCGAACGGCAGAGGCGACCAUGAACCUGGAUGAUUUCAUAAGUAUGGACCCUGUAAUCGGAUGGGGUAUGGUGUACACGGUACAAGAAUUUACAAAGGAGUUCUGCCCCGGCGUUUGACGCCGGAUCUUUUUAACCCUUUCCCAUUCAUCGGGACAUGAAAGGAAGCAUUGUUCCCAAUAGUUUCCAUCGUGCAUAAUUUAUAUGUUUUAAAUGUUUCACGGCCAAACGUCACUCGUGUGUCUGGUGCUGUGAGGGUACUUUUAUAUGGCCAUGGAUCCCAAUUUUUUUGCUUUAGUAGCUCUAUUUCACCAGCAGUUUUUCAUUUGGGGGUUUUUUUUUUUAAACAUAAAAAAAAAAUGUGAAUUUCAAUAUUAAAAUAUUUGAUUAGGGGAUUAGGGCACGGAACCUUCAGAGGCAGACAGAACGCUUCGAGCUUUGUACGUGAACUCGUGUUAAGCCAUGGACUGCUAAGCUGGGAGUCUCCCUGCAAAUUAUAGAGGGGACUGAGCCAUGCCUUAUAGAACCAUUAAAAAAUAGAAA